AUGAAGAACUUGAAUGCAGAGAAAGAAGCGAAGGCUCGAGCCCAAAUUAAAGCGGCGACGGAAGAACAGGAAGAAAACGUGGCUGAAUUUGAGACGGAGGAAGCGUUGAUUGAUAUUAGAAGAUUGAAAAGAAGAGG